CCAAUUAGGAUUCUUGUGGAAUACCUAUGUGGGACAUGAGCCCAGCGCAUAAAACUGGCCCGUUGUCCGGCGUCUCGCCAGCUCAAAGUGCCACGACUCAAUUGAAAUAAAUACGAUUCCCAGACGGAUUGACUGAGAAAGAGAAUUUGCGGAAAUAGCAGCAUAUUUAUCGCCAGAUUGAAGGAAAUUCCACAACAAAAAUCCGAAUUUUCUUCAACCGCCUCCAAAAGUUGUGUAGUUACAUCAGAAGAUAUAUAAAAAAAGAAGGACAGCUAACCUGUCAUAGUGGUCAUCAUGGAUCUGUAUGACCCUCAGACGCUAGGCAUCAUGGUAUUUGGAGGCUUCAUGGUCAUCUCAGCCCUCGGUAUCGUUCUGGUCUCCACCUUCUCCAUGAAGGAGACCUCAUAUGAGGAGGCCCUGGCCAAGCAGCGUAGAGAGCUGGGUAAGACGGCGCCUCCGGGACAGCUGACCAAGAAGGACAAGAAGAAGGAGAAGGCGUCUGAGAAGAAGAACCGGGGUAAAAAGGAACACAAGCCCAAUGGGAAGCUUCCAGAAUUAGAACUAGAGGAUAUCCCAGUGGCCGAGCCUGAACUAGCCCCUGAACCUACCUCUACCCCUGCUCCCGAACCUGCCCCUGAACCUACCCCUGCUCCCGAACCAACCCCUGCUCCAGCUCCCCCCGCUGUAGAGGCCUCCCCUGCUCCAAAGAAGAAAGAGAAGAAGAAGAUGGCUAAGAUUGAGCCAGCCCUGGCUGCUCCUGCCCCAGCCCCCAUGGCCCCCUCCAAGCCCACCCCUGCCGCAGCCCCUGCCGCAGCAGCCCCCAUGGCCCCCUCCAAGCCCGCCCCAGUCCUGGAGGCUGUCACCAAGGAGGUCCCUGUGAUGGCAGUGCCCCCGGUGGGCUCCCAGCGGACUGCAGCCAAGGCUCAGGAGACCAAGGCACAUGACCUUUCCAAGAAGAAGGCGUCCUCCAAGAAGAAAACGGAGUCUGUGUUGGACUCUGGUCUGGAUUCCCCCCUGUUCCUUCCCUACAAGGCCCUGGUCUCAACCGUUAGCAGUAUGGUCUUCAGUCAGGGAGAGGCCCAGCGCCUCCUAGAGAUCCUCUCUGACAAGGCUGGCAUCAGACAAGACACCUGGCACAUGGCUACUCAGAAGGGCGACCCAGUGGCUGUGUUGAAGAAACAGUUGGAGGAGAAUCAGAAACAGCUCACUACUCAGCAGGAGGAUGCUUCUGCAGCCAAGAACAGACUCCGGGAACUCAGCAGGGAGCUCUCUGCUGAGAAGUCCAAGGUGGCCAGUGUGGAGACCAGGCUGAGUUCCCAGCUCUCGUCCAGGGAGCAGGAGAUGAUCGCCCUGCAGGCUCGUAUGCAGGCCUCCUACCAGGACCACGUAGCCCAGACACAGAAACUCAACGCCAAGGUCCUCAGUCUUCAGGAGCAGUUGGAGUCUGGUCCCACUGCCCAGCUGGCUCGUCUGCAGCAGGAGAACUCUAUUCUCAGAGACGCCCUGAACCAGGCCACAAGCCAGGCAGAAAGCAAACAGAAUGCAGAGCUGGCCAAGCUGAGACAGGACUGUGCCAAACUGACCAAGGAGCUGGGAGAGAAGAGUGUAAGCCUUCAGACUGAUGAGAUCAUCAGGACUGGACUGGAAGCUAAGGUGUCUUCUGUAGAGAAACAACUGUCUUCACUACAGGCCAGUCAUGCUGAGAGUGAACAGGAGCUGCAGAGGAGGCUGGAGGAGGUCAGUGAGGAGUUGAGGAGUUCUCAGAGGAAUCUGGAAAAAGCCCAGCAGGAUGCUACCACCCUCUCAGAUCUCCAGGUCCAUCUGGGCAGUGUAGAGGAUGAUCUGAAGGAACGUGGGGCCCAGGUGGUAUCCCUCACAGCCCAGCUGGAGCAGACUGAGCUGGAGAAGGGACAGCUGGAGGACCAGGUGGGAUCCAUUAAUGUUCUUCUCGAGGCCAGUCCGAACAGAGACGAGAAUGAGGACUUAGAGGCUAACUGCACUGAGUUGGAACGACUAAAGAUCAGUCUUCAAGACCGAGACAUUCAGCUGGCGUCACUCCAAGAGGAGCUGAAGCAGCUCAAAGAAAUGAAACAGGAGGCAGCUAUAACUGCCGAGGUCACUACAGCUGAGACCGAGCAGGCACCUAACAGUGAGGACAGAAGCCUGGUGACAUCCCUUCAGGAAGAACUGAAGCAGCUUAAAGAAGAGAUGGAGCAACUACUAAACUCUCCCGUAGCUCCCCAAAGUUUUAUUGAGCUAAAAGCGGCUGAUGUCUCAGGAGAGACUGACCAGCUACUCAAUGGUCUGGAGAAGAGUGAGAGCCAGGAAGCAUCGCUGGAAGGGAUGCAACUCAAAGAAAAAUCUCAACAGUCCCAGAGCAGCACUACUCAGUCUGACAACACAGCAGAACUGGCUGCGCUACAAACCAGUCUGGCAGAGAGAGAAGCUAUGAUGAAAUCACUACAAGAGGAGCUAAGGGAAGCCAGGGACCAAUCACAGAAGGUACAGGAGAUCCUUGCUCAGGUCCAGCAGAGCCAAGAGUCCCAGCAGAGCACAGAGCUGCCGGAGCUGUUGGAGAAACUGAAGGAGGCAGAGGACAGCCAUGGAACACUGCAGGCACAGUGUGACCAGUACAGGACAGUCCUGGCUGAAACGGAAGGAAUGUUGACGAACCUUCAGAAGAGUGUUGAGGAGGAGGAGCUGGUGUGGAAGUCCAAGAUGGCCGACUCUGAGGACCAGUUGAAAAAGGCCCUAGAACAAGUGCACACUCUGGAGGAGACUGCAGAAAGCUUGAAGACAGGAAACCAAAGCAUAGAACAGCUGAAGGAGCAGGUGAUACUUCUGGAAGCCCAGUUGGAGAAACAGUCUGAGACGGAGGACGAAAUGGCACAGUUGAAGCAGCUGCUGUCAGAGUCUCAGAGCCAGCUGCAGUCGGCGCAGGCCCAGGCGCAGGCCCAGGCGCAGGCGCAGGCCCAGGCGCAGGCCCAGGCGCAGGCCCAGGCGCAGGCCCAGGCGCAGGCCCAGGCGCAGGCCCAGGCGCAGGCCCAGGCGCAGGCCCAGGCCCAGGCGCAGGCCCAGGCCCAGGCCCAGGCGCAGCCCAGGCGCAGGCGCACAGGGAAGAGCUGGCUACGUUCUCUCCCUCUUGUCCCUAACCCCUGGAGCUUCCUGUUCCAGGUCAGAGGUCAGCUGAGCGAGGCGACGGAGCACGCUCAGAGGCAGGAGGCGACGGAGCACGCUCAGAGGCAGGAGGCGGUCCCUGAGGCCGGGGCACAGAACAGCCAAUCAGAGUCAGAGGUCCAGUCCCAGUUGAGUCAAACCACAGAGGAGUUUGAACAGGCUCAGAAGACUGUAGAACUCAAGGCUCAGCUGGACAUUCUGAAAGAGGCAGGAGGCUCCCCAGAGGCGGACACAGAGGACGUAGCCCAGCUAAAGGAAGAGAGUUCAGGAAUGAAGGAAGGAACAUCUGUUUAA